AGGUUAUUAAUUAAACAUGAUCGUACUGUUCGAAAGAUUAUAAUUAGGCAUUAUAUUUCAGAUCAGCUGGUGACAGUGAUGCGCUUUUUAUGUAUUUUUCAACCGCUAUAACACAAAGAAGAAGAAUAAAACCGGAAGCGUCAUUUUUCCUCCUGCUGGCGAUAGCUAAAGCUACGUUGGUGUCAUCGUCUUAUCGUUUUGGGGAUUGACAACAGAAACAGCAGCCUUAUUUCGUGUACAGCCACAAAGAGCAAUUUUAACUGGACUCUCCGGAGAGAUGAACAGCAACGGGAAUAAGAGAGCUCCAACCACAGCGACGCAGCGACUUAAGCAGGAUUACCUCAGGAUAAAAAAAGACCCUGUGCCUUACAUCUGUGCUGAACCUCUACCCUCCAACAUCCUAGAAUGGCACUAUGUAGUCAGAGGUCCUGAGAAAACUCCAUAUGAAGGAGGAUAUUAUCAUGGAAAACUCAUAUUUCCUCGGGAAUUUCCUUUUAAACCACCAAGUAUCUAUAUGAUAACACCAAAUGGGAGAUUUAAGUGUAAUACAAGGUUAUGUUUGUCCAUCACAGACUUCCAUCCAGACACGUGGAACCCUGCGUGGUCCGUCUCCACCAUCCUCACAGGUCUGCUCAGCUUCAUGGUGGAGAAAGGCCCCACCCUCGGCAGCAUUGAGACCUCUGACUACACAAAAAGACAGCUGUCAGCCCAAAGCCUGGCCUUCAACCUCAAGGAUAAAGUGUUCUGUGAGCUGUUUCCUGAUGUAGUCGAUGAGAUGAAGCAGAAACAGAAGGCCCAGGAGGAGUUAAGUGCCCGCACUCAGCCCCUCCCCUUACCCGAUGUGGUACCCGACGGCGACCCUCAGCACGCCCACUAUGGCCUCCCCGCCCUCAAUGGAGGUCCCGCCCCCCUCGGGGGUGCAAACCACGUCCCCGGCCUGCAGCAGGCCAAUCGCAACCAUGGACUUCUAGGUGGGGCUCUUGCCAACCUCUUUGUGAUUGUAGGCUUUGCAGCAUUUGCCUAUACAGUCAAGUACGUGCUGAGGAGCAUAGCCCAGGAGUGAGAGGACCCGGUGUUGUAGGGCGAUGCUCCCCCCUGCAGGUGAGCCAGCUAGUGGACUCCACAUUCUACAAACACUAUGUGGGGGAGGGAUGUUCAGUCCUGGGUUAAACCCCUCCACCAUCACCACCACCACCACCACUACCACUACCGUGGACUUUGGAAGACAGCAACUCAAAGCCCACCCACCCAGGAAGGAUUGAGAGGGGGAGGAGGAGGUGGGGGAGUGGAUGGGAGUGGCAUUAAGGCCGGGGGAUUGGAGGGGCUUAUUAAAACGGUUGCGAUUCACUCUGUGUUUCAGUGGUUUAUGUCAGCAGUAGGAAUAAACUUGGCUCAUGGGUUGUUGAAGAGUGUAGAACUGAGGACAUGGUUUGUUGCACUGUGCUGGAGCCAGGUCCCAACAACAGAAAGAUGCUAAAUAUCAUAAAACAUUACUGAUAAAAGCUUGUUUCUUAAACAUUUAAGUAGGUAGUUCUCAAAGAAGAAGUUCCCCUGCCCAUCACUGCUACAAGUAUUUCCCUUCUUGGUCAUUCAUUAUGUCGUAGAGACUCCUCAGCGUAUGACUUGAUGCUGCUCAAUUCAAGAGAAAUUGCUUUCAUAGCUGCUUUCAUCAAGAGGGAAUGAGUGCCAUAAAGACCAGUUGUGUGGUUCUCCUAAUUAAUGUUUUCUUCAACCUAAUUUCGGGAAUCGCAGUCAGUUUUGGCAUUGGAGUCAGUUUUCUUUGUUAUGCCUUUCCAUGCAAUAGAAUCAAGGCAUCAGGUUUCUAUAACCUGUGCUGCAGCUCAAGAACUGGUUUCACUACCAACAAUUAUCUGCCUUCACUACAUCACACGCAACUGGGUAAAGGUGGAAUGUGUUGAUCUCCAGAUAAAAUAGAACAUUCAUUCAAUCAUACAGACAUUCAUGAUAUUACACACACCCCUGUCCCUAACUACCCCUGUCAAAGGUUGACAUGCCUAAAAUCUUUGAGGUUUUAUAUGUGCCAAGAAUAUGUCUGCGUAUUGUUAGCACAAAUGGAAGCUCAUAGGAACCGUCUUGUGUUCCAUGUAAGGGUAAUGGAUGAUUUCUAACCUGAUUUAUUAGCACCUCAUUAGCACUCACUGACAAAGACGGACAAAACAAUCUAAACGCAGCAAAAAGUACACAACAAUGUGAUAAAAGUAGAACCUUAUGCACUUGUCUGUAUGUGUAUUUCAUCGAUAGGAUCUAUUUUCUGUAGUAAAGCUUAACAUCUGAUGAGGCAUCACAGGCCGAGCAAACAGCGCUGAAAGUCAACCUACAAAGUCAUCAACAGUAUUGACAAGUGUAUUUAUAUCUGUAUCUUAAUUAAUGUAUACAUAAAAAGCAUAAAACUUGGCCUGCCAGUCUGUGAAAGAGCUACUGAUACAUGGUCAGAGUCUGAUGUGAGUCCAGGCGUGCUCUCCUGUCAACCCAUGAGCCAAGCAGUGAGCCCAGUGUCUACAGAGAAGUAAAUAGAGACCAGGACCUUCCUUAAAUUGGCUCAGCUGACCAGUAUAGCAGCACUCUAUAUAGGUCCAAGUGAAGAGACUCAUGAAGAGAACCAACAUUUUUGUUUCUGUAUAUUAUUUUCUAUUUUUGUUCUCUUAUUUAUAGAAACUGCCUCGGCUUAUCUGUAAUCAUUCUAAGGAAACGUCUAGUGUUUGCUAAGCAGGGCAGUGCGGGCAAACACAAGCACAGACAUGCCUCGGCCCAGGCUCACGUAACUGCUGAUAAUUUACUGUUGUGCAUUGCAUUUAGUAAAGAUGGUUCUACUGUGUAUCUGUUUCAACAGAAAAAGUGUCUGAAAGCAGAUUUGCCUUUCUAUAGCUCUUUUUAUGGCACCAUCUUAAAAAAAGACAAACUGAUGAUGAUGAUGAUGAUGAUGAUGAUGGGAGUGCGUUUGUGUGAUCAUACAGCAAAUGCCCAAAUUUCCAUGCUUCAGUUAAUCUUGUGUGACAUUGUAUGUUUUCAUAGUAAAUGCAAAUAAAUUACCCUGCUUGGCAGGGCAUUUUAGGAAACCUUCCUUUU